AUGCCCUCUGAAGGCGGCUGUGGCAGCGGUGUAGCGCAUACCCCACAAAGAAAAAAAAAGAGACAGCUCCGUGGGGAAGGCUGUCUGUCUAUUGCGGAACUAGCGCUCGCGGCGAGUGGCGGCGCAGGUGCGUUGCGGCGCCGGACGUCGCUUGGCGCUGACCGCCAUUCCGCCCUGUGCGCACGGUGGAUGGGCCUUUGCCCAGCGAUGCUUCCGGUGACAGCGGAACAUGUUUGGUUCGAUAUCGGGUUUUAUCCCAUCCAGCGUGGCCGUAACUUGGACCAAACUUUGAAGAGUAAUAAUAAUAAUAAUAAUAAUAAUAAUAAUAAAUAG